AUGAGUUCCGGAAGCGAGGCCACCGUGAUAAAUCCAGAGAACGAGCCCGCCACGCCCCCAGCGCAAGAAUUUGCGUUGAACCUCAGACACCCCGUUCAAAAGGAUGCGGUGCAAUACGACUAUUCCAAAGACCUACAGACGUGGGUAAUGGGCCUCAUAGCUAUUGUCGAGGUCGAAGAGAUCGAUUCUCUCAGUCGAAUCGGAUCCGUGGAUAAGGCUGACCUCUCUGCCCAAGUUGAGUUGAGUGACGAGGCUUCAAUCUGUAGCGAUACCGACUCCUGGAACGAGCCAGCGUUUUAUCACUACGAGGUCGAAUGGAAGCACGAAGAGGAAGCCUCCAGCUACGGCGCUGAUAUAUGUGACGAAGCCGAGACCAUCGUUUCCACAGGCGACGAAACGGACUUCAAGGACCGCGUUGCAACGGGUAUCAUAGUAAAAGCUGUGUACGAAAAGGGUGAUAGCGAUAUGACGCACAUCUCCAACGCUGCCUGCCUCAACACCGAAGGCCCCAGUGUCGAUCGAUUUGACGUGGCGAAAACAAUACUGAGAGCUAUCAUCAAGAAGGCGUUGCUGUUCACCAUUCCAGACCGUGUCGGUUCCCAGGUGGACUACCAAACUUACGUUUGCCGUUUGCGUGUUCCGCUCCAGGUUAUCAUGGGACCAAGAAAGACUCGAGACAGAGAUGAUGAAAUUGGACAAUCGCGAAGACCACGCUUCGUUCUCCACCCUCAAACCAUACUCGAUACCAAUGAAGAGGACGAAGAGAUAUGCAAGCUCAAGGCGUGGGAGCAUGAUGCUCUUGGGUUGGAGGAGUACGAAACAGUGCGAACCCAAGAAUAA